GAGAGAGCGCAGGAGAAUGGAUCGCUGGCUCCGGGGUUCACUGCACACUAUUCCUACCAUUUUGGACUAAAUCAAGUCCGGUCGCAGGCAUAUCCUCGCGUUUGGUUUCUCAGACCAGGCGAUGAGCAGACUAAAUGAAGGGUGAAUGCCAAACUAGAGAGAAAGAGACCAUCAAAAUGACAGUGGAUUUUGAAGAGUGUGUGAAAGAUUCCCCUCGGUUCAGGGCGACAAUUGAGGAGGUGGAGACUGAUGUCGUGGAAAUUGAAGCAAAACUGGAUAAAUUGGUGAAACUGUGCAGUGGGAUGAUUGAAGCAGGGAGAGCAUAUACCACGGCCAAUAAACAUUUUGUCAAUGGGAUCCGAGACCUCUCUCAACAAUGCAGGAAAGAUGAAAUGAUAUCGGAAUGCCUCCAGAAGUUUGGAGAGAGCUUACAAGAAAUGAUCAACUACCACAUGAUUCUCUCCGAUCAGGCUCAAAGGUCAGUCAGGAUGCAGCUGAAUAACUUCGUAAAAGAAGAUGUUCGGAAGUUCAAGGAGACAAAGAAGCAUUUUGAUAAGGUCAGAGAGGACAUGGAUCUGGCAUUGAUCAAAAAUGCUCAGGCUACGCGGAACAAGACACAUGAGGUGGAGGAGGCUACGGGGACAUUAACCAUGACCAGGAAAUGCUUCAGGCACCUGGCACUCGACUACGUUCUUCAGAUUAAUGUUCUGCAGGCAAAGAAGAAGUUUGAAAUAUUAGAUGCGAUGCUGUCGUUCAUGCAUGCUCAGUACACCUUCUUCCAGCAAGGAUAUGAUUUGCUUAAGGAGCUGGAUCCCUACAUGAAAAAACUGGCCACAGAGCUGGACCAGCUUGUGAUUGACUCGGCUGUGGAGAAAAGGGAAAUGGAGCAUAAGCACGCGCUGAUACAACAGCGGACUCUGCUACAGGACUUCUCAUAUGAUGAUUCCAAAGUUGAAUUCAAUAUUGAUGCUCCUAAUGGAGUGGUGAUGGAAGGUUAUUUGUUCAAGAGGGCAAGCAAUGCUUUUAAGACUUGGAACCGGAGGUGGUUUUCAAUACAAAACAGUCAGCUGGUGUAUCAGAAGAAGAUGAAGGAUGCAUUAACUGUGGUGGUCGACGAUUUACGGCUUUGUUCCGUCAAACCUUGUGAGGACAUCGAGAGGCGCUUUUGUUUUGAGGUUGUCUCUCCAAACAAGAGCUGUAUGCUGCAGGCAGACUCGGAAAAGUUACGCCUCGCCUGGAUUCAGGCAGUGCAGGCCAGCAUUGCCACUGCGUACAGAGAGAGUCCAGAUAACAAUUACAUCAAUAGGCUGGACAGAACUGCAUCUCCAUCUACGAGCAGCAUUGACUCUGCUAGUGACUCCCGGGAUCGCAGUGUGAAGGGUGAAAGCAUCCUGCAGCGAGUGCAGGGCAUCGCUGGCAAUGAUCAGUGCUGUGACUGCGGACAAGCUGACCCUCGAUGGGCCAGCAUCAACCUUGGGAUCACACUGUGCAUCGAGUGCUCUGGAAUUCACAGGAGCCUUGGUGUCCAGUGUUCCAAGGUUCGUUCUCUCACAUUGGACUCCUGGGAGCCAGAGUUACUUAAGUUGAUGUGCGAGCUGGGAAACAACACUAUUAAUCAUAUUUACGAAGGAAGAUGUGAGGAAUAUGGACUGAAGAAACCCCAGCCAGCGAGCACCAGGCAGCAGAAAGAAGCCUGGAUCAAAGCAAAAUACGUAGAAAGGAAGUUCCUUAAAAAGCUGCCGAAUGCCGACGCACUCACGGAUACUGAACGGAAACCACGGCGAUGGAGUGUCAAGAAAUGCCGACGGCACAACAGUUCCACCAAAGCUCCGACAGCACGCAGGAGGUAUCGGCAGGACACUGGCAGUGUGUCACCAGCAACAUUUGCAGCAGCGGCUGCACUGGAGAGAAAAUUUCGAAGAGACUCCCUGUUUUGUCCUGAUGAACUUGACUCACUGUUUUCAUACUUUGACACUACAGCUGGGCCCCGUAGUUUGAGCAGCGAUAGUGGCCUGGGCGGCAGCACUGAUGGCAGCACUGAUAUCCUGGUAUUCGGCACAGUGGUGGACAGUGUCACUGAAGAAGUGAGUGAGGUUUCAGAGGAGUCGAGCGGCGAGGCAGAGAUUGAGGCAGAAGCUUCCGACUCUGAAGAUCUCCGAGAGCUACACCCUGGCAUCCUCGUGUACAAGGCAGCACAAGCUCGCAAUCUGGCUGUCAUGGCUGAGGCCUUAGCCCAUGCUGCUGACGUCAACUGGGUUAAUGAUGAGGAUGAAAAUAAAACACCGCUCAUUCAAGCAGUCAUUGGGGGUUCACUUGUUGCUUGUGAAUUCCUACUUCAAAAUGGGGCUGAUGUAAAUCAAAAAGAUAUUCGAGGUCGUGGGCCAAUUCAUCAUGCCACCUAUCUGGGACACACUGGUCAAGUCUGUCUUUUUCUCAAGCGAGGAGCCAGUCAGAAUGCGGUGGACGAUGAUGGGCAGGAUCCACUCAGCAUCGCUGUUCAAGCAGCCAAUGCAGACAUAGUGACUCUAUUGCGACUGGCAAGAAUGAAUGAAGAGAUGCGGGAAACGGAAGGCCCAUUUGGCCAGCCAGGUCAAUAUCCUAGCAGCAGUCCUACUGAGCUUCAGUACAGGAAGUGCAUUCAGGAGUUUAUCAGCCUAAAGAUAGAUGAAUGCUAGGGAAACAGCACUAACUAACCUGGCUGGGUGAUGUAGUAAUGACAAACUGGGCCUCUUUUGACUACACAUUUCUGUUAUGGAUGGUGGGGCGAUGAGCUGUUUUCUUUAUGACCUUAUACGUACAGCUGGCACUGAUGGUGAAAGAAGAAAAGGGCUGUGCUUAAAGUUUAUUUUGUGUUAUGUGAACAGUUCCUUCCUUCACAUUUUUCAGUAUAAAUGUGGUUACUGUAAAGCAUGGAUUUAAGUAAUAAUCCACAAAUACUCCACACUCUAAUGUCCUUUGUGGAUUCGUGGGUCGAUGUGCUCAGUUACAGGACACCAGCCGAUAAAGGUCAGCAAGUCUUUGCCAAACUAUCAGGUCUCACUAGGUGCAAGUGGAGAUGCUCUCGUUGAUCUGGAGACUCCCUGGGUGAGGGAGGGCAAACUCAGCAAAGGUUUCCAUUCCGGAUAGCUAUCAAGUUGGGUUGAGGACAGGAUUGGGUUCAGCACUGAUACCCUAUCCCAAGCCACCACUCCCCCAUUCAAAAAGCUUGCCAGUCCCCAGUCUGUAGAGCAGUUACAUGAUGUACAGAGUGUUGCUGACAGCUGUGAAACUGUAUGCCCUGAGUCAGCGAUCUUUGGACAGCAGGGAAGGUAAACAAAACAAAACAAAGCUGGGGUUGAGAUUUUAAAGUUUAAAAUUUUACCUUUUAUAAAUUAAAUUAAACUUUUAAAUAUUUUGGACUUCAAUAUGAAAUCUGUCUCGGCCCCUCCAAUUAAAACCAGGAUGCUCAGUUAAGUAUGAGUACUACAAGUUUCUGGUAACAAAUCAACAGCAGAUAGGAGUGGAAUGUUCUUCUAGAAGGCCAUGAAUAUUUGUUACAUUAUUGCCUGCAAUUAAGAAUCGAUCAUUUCCUCAUAGCUUGGUUUGUUUUUUUUUUAAAAGGAUAUGUUGUUUUUAAUGUAAUUCUUCUUGGCUCUUUUCUAUUGGAACCCUGAAGGGCAAACUGUAAGUCCAGAUUAAUGUACAGACCCUUGCUUAACUCAACACAUUCCCAAACUGACUCAGAUCAGUCACCUUACCAUCUACCACCAGCAGAUAAACAGAUCUGCCAAUAAUUUGUAGGUAAAAGCAGAAAAUGCUGGAGAAACUCAGCCAGUCUGGCACCUUUGGUGGAGGGAGAAAUAGAGUUCUUUGGUACUCCAAACCGAUACUGCUAUACCUGCUGGGUUUCUCAGCGCACUUUCUGUUUUUAUUUCCAAUCUCUAGCAUCUGCAGUACUUCACGUUUAUCUACAAAUAUUCAUGAUUCUCAAGAGGGAGUCCAGCAUAGUGAACAAAGUGGGAAUCUCACGGUAACACCCAAGGAGUUGUAGUUGAGAGUUUUCACCUUGGAGAAAAUUAGGUAUUUGUGGGUUUCCUCUGGCACCUGCUAACUGGAGAUUGAUAUUGCUGCUAACUGUGGACACAUCCACAGAUAGUUCUCUGAGUGAGGGGAGUAAAGUCCAGGAAACGACAAAGGAGAUUUUAUGGGUGUGCAUUUCAAAGAAAUAAAUAACAUUUUUAAGAACGCAGGGGGGAGGAGGUGAACAAGUCUUUCAGUUAUAAAAGAAACAGAAUCAAAAAUCUAUUCUAAAUCAUUUGUUUCUGCUGGAAACUGUUACACAGGUCACAAAUAAAUUAAACUUCAGGCAAACCCUUCUCUGCUUUCACCAACUCUGUACAGGACUGAUUAUGUCUGAGGGUAUUUGCUAGGUUGAGAUGAGAAGUCUUGAAAUCAUGUGCUCUGAUUUGGUUUUACUAUUGGUGCUGCAAAACUCAUUGCCUCGGUUACAGAGAAAAAAAUUCCAAUUAAUCAGCAAAUGCCUGCCAAUCAAGAUGUGGUCCUAAGGGACCUUCUUUAAUAAUCUCAGUUUUUAAGCAGCCAGGGUUAGUUUGCCAAUGAAUUACUAUUAAAUAACUUGAAAUGGCAACUAAAUAUUCCUUUAUACUAUAUUCAACUUUUCUAUGGUGAAGAAUAUUCCCAGAAAUGCAAUGGAAUAGGGAAGUGUUGAGCCAUAUGAACUAUUUUGAUCUUUUAACUAAUCAAACAUUGCUUUGUUGAGAUGCUGCAUCUAGUACUGUAACCAGAACCUGAGCAGUUUAGAAGGAAGAUGAUUGUUUUCUGUAAUUGGGUUCCAUGGUAACACUGACCUUUUUGUUCUUAAUCUUGAUGUUGUAAUUAUUGUAAACAGACCGGGUGACCUUAGUUACACGUAUAGGACAGAAUCUGCCCUUGUGCCUGUACAGUAGGUGUCAUGUGUUGAUGUGUAUUGCUUGAUAUAUUAAAAAAAAGGUGGUUGCAACAUUCUGUUUCUCAAAACAAAAUCACACAUUUUAAGGGGAAAUCAAGUUCUGUAAAUAUUAAAAUGGAGUUUUGUUCUGGUUGGGACAAUUUAUUUAAAAUGAAAUAGAAUAUGAAUUAGAUUUUAUGUAUAAAACAACUUU